ACUCUUUCCCAUUUCCAUCGAUUCCUUAUGCAUUUUUAGUCCCUUAUCUUCCGUGUUACUCAAGGCAACUUCAGUAUCCACUAACUAUCCCUGGUUGCAACUAGUGACUCAUCAACAGCAUAUUCUAGCCAUGUCAAGUCCUCAGUGUUUUGAGAAUCCACCAAACCUUAACUCGGACAUCCAUGGAGCAGGAACUGUCCAAGAACUUGGAGGACUUAAUUCCUACGUCACUGGAUCUUCCGAUUCCAAAUUGGCACUCAUCCUGGUUUCUGAUGUUUUUGGGUAUGAAGCACCAAAACUAAGGAAACUUGCGGACAAAGUAGCAGCAGCUGGAUUCUUGGUUGUUGUUCCUGAUCUUCUGUAUGGUGAUUACAUUGUUGACCUUAAUAAUCCUCAAUUUGAUCGAGAGUCAUGGCGAAAGGCUCAUGGAAAGGAUAAGGCAUGUGAAGACACCAAACCUCUAAUUUCUGCUCUAAAGAGUAAAGGUGUUAAAUCCAUAGGGGCUGCAGGUUUUUGCUGGGGAGGGGUUGUGGUUGUGAAACUUGCAAUUUCCACUGAUAUUCAGGCUGCAGUUAUUCUGCAUCCUGGUCUAAUCGCAGAUAAUGAAUUUAAUGAGGUCAGGAUUCCUAUUGCUAUACUGGGAGCUGAAAUCGACCAUCUUUUCCCACCAGAAAGGUUGAAGCAAAUUGAAGAAAUGUUGUCUGUAAAAGCUGAGUUUGAGAGCUUUGUGAAACUAUACCCUGGUGUUAGUCAUGGAUGGACUUUGCGGUACAAUGAUGAUGAUGAAGCAACUGUUAAGAGUGCAAAAGAGGCGCAUCAAGACAUGUUGAAUUGGUUUAUCAAGCACGUCAAGUGAAAAUUGUUUUCACCACCAGAAGAUGCCUGUCAUUGAUUUGCAGUUAAUUUUUUUAGUAGCAAAUAAAUAUUACUUAUUAUUGAAAAGGGCCAAUUUCAUGUACAAGAUGUGUCCAAAGCGGCCCAACCACCAUGAUACAAAAAUUAUAAUAUCCCACCAGAAUAUCACUAGCAUUUCUCUUAUAAUAACAAUACUACAACUGCCUAAGAAAAAGAUACAGCAUAGACAAAAGCUGCACUAUGCGGCUUAACUCCUAGCCUUCAUGUUAUUGGUGUGACGUAUCCAUUGCCACCGAAUUUACUAAUGAUUAAUUCUCGUUGAAAAAUCU